AUGGCGUCCUACUGCUCUGAGCUGCAGUUCCUGGGGAACCCGGUCACCAACCACGUCCAGAGCGCGGAGCAGCACAACCAGGACGUGAACUCGCUCGGACUCAUCUCCUCCAGGAAGACCGCUGAGGCCAUCGAGAUCCUGAAGCUCAUGUCCUCGACGUUCCUGAUCGCCCUGUGCCAGGCGGUCGACCUGCGGCACAUCGAGGAGAACGUGAAGAGCGCCGUCAAGAGCUGCGUGAUGACGGUGGCGAAGAAGACUCUGAGCACCAACUCCACCGGCGGUCUCCACGUCGCGCGCUUCUGCGAGAAGUACCUGCUCCAGGAGAUCGAGCGCGAGGCGGUGUUCGCGUAUGCCGACGACCCCUGCAGCGCUAACUACCCGCUGAUGAAGAAGCUUCGCAACGUGCUCGUGGAGCGCGCCCUCGCCAACGGCGCUGCCGAGUUCGACGCCGAGACAUCCGUGUUCGCCAAGGUCGCCCAGUUCGAGGAGGAGCUGCGCGCGGCGCUGCCCAAGGCGGUGGAGGCUGCACGGGCGGCUGUCGAGAACGGCACGGCAGCGGUACCAAACAGAAUCACCGAGUGCCGCUCCUACCCGCUCUACCGCUUCGUGCGCGAGGAGGUCGGAGCCGUGUACCUCACAGGCGAGAAGACGCGCUCUCCCGGCGAGGAGCUCAACAAGGUGCUCGUUGCCAUCAACCAGGGCAAGCACAUCGACCCGUUGCUCGAGUGCCUCAAGGAGUGGAACGGCGAGCCCCUGCCCAUCUGCUGA